CAAGCUUUAUGCCGGUCCAAAGUUCAAUUUGGUCGUUUCUCAACACUCGACCUAAGAUGAUAUAGUCAUCCCAUUCUAAGUGGAAUCGAAGAAAAGGCGGGCAAAAGUUAAAUAUUCAAAAUAGUCAGAAAACACAUCCACUUGAUAUGGCAUUAACUUUUAAAACCCAUAAUUGGGUAAUUCCAGCCAACUGUGCUUUUCCGAUCCGGCGAUAAGAUACGAUCUGCAUACUCACAACCGUUUGAACUGUGGCGUGUUUCUAUCCACAGACUCUACCGCCUUUUCGCCAGCUGCACUCAUACACGCCACAGAUGCAGUCGAGCCCUAAUCUUAUCUCCUCCGACAAGAGACUUCGACCGCCCACACAACAGAUCGGGUCGGAUUUGAUGGGCCGUCGGAGCAAAAGAGAGUGGUGGAAACGGUCGUGCGCGCUAUCAACAGAAUGAGUGGCCAUAAAAGCACCAGAUUAGCUUUUAACGGUUCCGUUUCGGCCUGGGAUUUUGGCCGCCAUGCGAUUAGGAAGAGCGUUUAGUAGCCGUCCAGCUGCCACGAAGCAAGCGACUUCCCAGAAAUGACCGAACUGCGACCCUUGAGCGCCGAACUUCGUCGCAUUGCUGAAACGGAACUAAACGAGGUGGAGGAGCGAGUGCCAGCGGAUCUGGCAGCUCUUCGUGAUUGGUUGGCCAAGCAACCUCAUCUGAGGGGCCGUCAGGAUGACCAGUUCCUGGUUGGCUUCUUGCGAGGCUGCAAGUUCAGCCUAGAGAAGACUAAGUCCAAGUUGGAUCACUUUUACACUAUCAAGACGCUAAUGCCAGAGCUCUUUGGCAAUCGAUUGGUGGACGAAAAGAACCUAAUCUUGUGUCGAUCUGGAACCUAUGUGCGAUUGCCCAAACCUUGGGGCACCGAUGGCCCCCGCCUGCAGCUUACGAACUAUGAGAAAUUCGAUCCCAAGAAGUUCAAGUUAUUGGAUCUCUUCCGCUACCAAACCAUGAUAACGGAACAGUCAAUCCGUGAGGAUGACCACAGCAACGUUAGCGGCUACGUCGAAAUCAUUGACAUGGCCAAAUUGAGCCUCAGCUUUUUGGCCCAACUAGAUUUCACGCUCAUCAAAAGGAUGGGAAUAUUCGCAGAAAAGGCUCAGCCCACUCGCCUGAAGGGAGUCCACCUGAUCAAUUGCCCCAAGGAGGGAGUGGCGUUACUGAAUCUGGCAAAGAGCCUCAUGCCCAGCAAGCUCCAGCAGCGGUUUCACGUGUAUAAAAACCUGGAGCAAUUAAAUGAGGUGAUACCACGCGAAUACCUUCCGGAAGAAUAUGGCGGCAACAAUGGACGUAUAGCCGACAUUCAGGCGGAGGCGGAGAAGCAAUUGAUGUCCUAUAAGAGCUAUUUCGCAGAGGACUCCCAGUACGGAGUGGAUGAGCAUCUGCGACCUGGAAAGCGUGUUAAUGCGGAUUCCAUUUUCGGCGUUGAGGGAUCCUUCCGAAAACUCGACAUCGAUUAAAGUCGAAACGUGUCUUAAUUAUAUUAGUAUUUGAAAAAAUAUGAAAAUGGAAAUACUUCAAUAAAAAGCAAAAGCACUCCUCGAAAAGGCCAA